AUGCUUGUCCGCGAACACGACGGUGUCUCAACUCUUACGCUGUUUUUAUUGGUGAUUCUCUUAUCUCUUGGAAGACAAAGAAACAACGUACCGUCUCACGUUCAUCUGCAGAAGCGGAAUAUUGGUCUAUGGCGGAUGCAACAUGUCUUUUGGAGCAUUUGGAGCAUAUGGGACGUAGGAGCAUGGAAGGACUUGGCGCAUGGACGCAGCUCAACUGGACACGCAAAGGAAGAAGGAGGAAGCCAUCUUGAAGACCAGCUCGACCAUCUACUCGACCAACCGGUCGAGUUCCUCAACUCGACCGGCCAAGCUUCAACUCGAUCGAGCUGA